UUGUCGGCUACGGCGAAAACGCGAACUUUUUUUUUAAAUUUUGAUAAAGUUUUUUUGUUUUACGAAAAGAAUGUUUAGUAAAAAAGAGGUAUACGUUAUGGCUGAAGAAUAUUUGAAAAAUGUUCAAAUUCCUCCUGAAAUCGAAGAACCAACUAUUAACUUGGUAAAGAAAAUGAUGUCUCAUGAGUGUUACGGAAAUCCGGACUAUAAAUGGUCCUUAAAUGAUUUUGAAUUGGGCGCACGUUUAGGUCGCGGCAAGUUUGGUCGUGUUUAUGUGGCCAGAGAGAGAAAAACUGGUUUCGUGGUGGCAUUAAAGACACUCCUGAAAAGAGAACUCGUGAAAGGGAAUGUAGAAAAACAGAUUUUACGUGAAAUUGAAAUACAGAGUCAUUUAAAGCAUCCAAAUAUUUUACAGCUUUUGUGCUGGUUUCAUGACAGUUACAGAAUUUAUUUAGCUGUAGAAUUUGCAGGAAAAGGAGAGCUUUACAAGCACCUAAAAUCAAGUCCUGGAGGGCAUUUUAAUGAACAACAGGCUGCUAAGUACACAUACCAAGUAGCUGACGCUGUCAAUUAUUGUCAUACUAAUCAAGUAAUUCACCGAGAUAUAAAACCAGAAAAUCUAUUAUUAACUUAUGAGGAUAACAUUAAGCUGGCUGAUUUUGGGUGGUCUGUUCAUUCACCCUCAUUAAAACGGAAUACAAUGUGUGGCACUUUGGACUACUUACCACCAGAAAUGGUUGAGAACAAAGUAUAUGACAAAUAUGUGGAUCAUUGGUGUUUAGGGGUGCUUUGUUAUGAAUUCCUAGUGGGCAAUCCUCCUUUUGAAAGCAAAACUAAUGAUGAAACUUACCAAAAAAUUAAAAUGGUGCACGUGCUAUAUCCAGAAAUUGUUCCUAAAGGAGCUCAAAAUUUAAUUUCAAAGGUACACUAUUCCGUGUAAAGACGGCUAUUUAACAAGGCCAUGCUCACAUAAAUAUAAUUACUAUCCAACAGCUCAUAAUUCAUACAUAUAAAAUGACAGUACAGACCUUUAUUAGAAGAAUUUUACCCAACUUACAUAUGUAACAAACAAUUUUAGAAAAAUUUUAACCGGACUUCAAAUUGAUAGAACGAACAUUUUGCAUUAAUGAAAUUGCGUAAUCAAACUCGAGUACGGGCAAAAUGACUACCCACCUACAU